AGAUCUGGGUACCAUUUUGCGUAGGGGCCCUGGUCUGAGAGAGGGAAGUGCGUAAUACUCCGACAUUAUAAGAACUGUGAGAGAACAGACAGAAGCAUGACGUCUCCUGCAGACCACCUGUUAGACCUGCUGGACAUCCGUGUGACCUUGGUGCUCCUGUUACUCCUACUCGUCACCUACUCCUACUCCAGACGUCCCAGGAACCUCCCACCCGGACCCUGGGGCUGGCCUGUCGUGGGAAGCCUGCCGAGUCUCGCCUGGAGCCAGAAUCUCCACCUGGACUUCAUGGACUGGCAGAAGAAAUAUGGACCAGUCACAUACUUCCGUAUGGGGAUGCUGGAUGCUGUAGUGCUCGGGGGUUAUGACACCAUCCGACAGGCCAUAGUGAAGCAGUCCGAGGUGUUCUCUAGCAGACCCGCUCACCUAGUGGUCCUGAACAAGAUGUCGAAGAAGAAAGGUAUCGUCAUGGCUCCGUCCGGUCCGCUCUGGAAAGAGCAGCGAAAGUUUGCCUUAACAACUCUGAGGAGUUUCGGCUUCGGGAAGCGAAGUCUGGAGGUGCAGAUAUCGGAGGAGACCUCAGCCUUGCUCGAGCAGAUCCGGAACAUUGGUGACAAACCGUUCAACAUCACCAGGCCGCUGCAGAAGGCAACAACCAACAUCAUCAGCUCCAUGGUCUUCGCACAUCGCUUCGAGUAUGACAACCCCCAGUUCUUACAGUUCAUGCAGGACUUUGACGACAUUGCUGCAACCAACUUUCUAGCCAUGCCUGAGAACAUCCUCCCUUUCCUGCAAUAUGUCCUGGACAGUGGGAGCAAAGUGAUUAAGAUAUCACAACGUCUUAUCAACUUUGCCCAAGCAAAGAUCAAGGAGCAUCAGCAGACGUUUGAUCCGAACGACAUCCGUGACUUCAUCGACUCUUAUCUGUUGGAGAUGCAGGCCCAAGACCAGCUGAGUGACACUACCUUCACAGAAGAACAGCUGGUUAUGACAGUGCUUGACUUAUUCGUAGCGGGCACUGAAACUACGACCACCACCCUGCGAUGGGCAAGCCUGUUGAUGUUAGUGUACCCGGAUAUUCAGCAAAAGGUCCAUGAGGAGAUUGACAGUGUUCUGGGACAGGGCCAGACCCCGUCCAUGUCCCACCGUGACCAGCUGCCCUACACACAGGCUGUCCUGACGGAGGUCUCCAGGUUUGCAACUAUCGUUCCCCUGAACGUGCCUCAUACCACAUCCGAGGACACCACCCUGAAUGGAUACCACAUUCCCAAGCAGACUAUCGUCAUCCCCAGCAUCUGGUCCGUCCAUCACGACGAGAAGCUGUUUCCUCAACACGACAAGUUCGACCCCUCCCGUUUCCUGGACGAGAAUGGGCAGUACAAGAAGGACGAUCACGUCAUGCCAUUUUCCGCAGGACCGCGUAUCUGUUUGGGUGAGCAGUUGGCAAGGAUGGAGCUCUUCCUGUUCUUCACUUCGCUCAUGCAGCACUUCACUUUCAAGAUACCAGAGGGCGCCCCUACACCAUCUCUGAAAGGACGCAUCGCAGCCACACACUUCCCAGAGCCUUUUGACAUAGUCGCCGUGGUCCGUGACUAAAGCAACACGUUAUUACCUACCACAAAAGAGGUUCUAAUCAAGAGUGC